GUCGGAUUACAGCCGAGGCAGCACGCCAGUGGACGAUUACCAGGCCAUAAAACGUCGAAUAAAACCAAGACUUUCCAACCCAGUUACUAAAGGUAGCGUACAUUAUCAUCCAGCAUGCCAAAGCAAAGUGAGUAGAGAAGACACCCCUUUAAUAGAGAAAUGGAUCAGUCUUUGCCAAACCGUCAGCAAAAAGGAACCCCUCGGCAAGCUGCACCAGUCGGGGCCACCAGGCAGGUUAAUGUUCCCACUUUGGAGAGAGGCAUCAUUAGUGGAGACAACGUCCAGUUUGGGAGGUUGCGGCGUCACACACGUUUGUCCCAGUCAGAGAGCCAGAGCUCUGGGCCUGAAGAUGAGCGGUUGAGCUCCUCUGUAGAGGCAAGUGGCUCCUACGGUCAGAGCCCGAUCCUCCAGGGCAUGCAGGCAGAGGGAAUCUGGUACAACCGCAGUGCCUACGAGCAGGCCGAGAGCAACUACCAGCGCCGUCUUGCCUCUAAUAACAACGGGCAUCUGUCAUCCUCUCCACGGAGCCCAAACACCAGAGGCUCCUUGACCUUCCGCUCCAGACGUGGCCACGAUCAGAAGCAGGAUCAGGGGCACCCUGUCACCACAGUGAAGGCCUCUGGUACCCCUCACCGUCAGUACAGUAGAGGCCGCAAUCGCACCUCCUCUGAGACUGAGAAGGGAGGCAAAGGCAGCAAGGGGCCAAACCAGAGGAAGAGGGGCCUGUCUGAGACGGAAAGACCCAAAAGGGACAAUACCAACAUGAGUGGACUGCAGUGCCUCGCCACAGAGAACAUCUGGUUUGACAAACACCGCUAUGAUGAGGCGGAGAAGUGCUUCUACGAGGGAGUCAACGGCCCCUCCACACAACAGCAACAGGUGAAAACGGCCAUGCAGCAGGGCAAAGGGCGCCAGCAGAAACGGCAGCACAGAAAUUCAUCCUCACAUGCAGGAGGAGACCAGGAGCUGGUUUCACGCAUGAAGAGCCUGGAACUGGAGAACCAGACUCUGCACAAAGUGGUGGAGAACAUGAGAGCAGCCCUGCAGAAGCUGGAGUCCAGAGUGGCUAUGCUGGAAAAGACACCUGUAUUAGCAGCUGUCCCAUGUGCUAAGGCUGCACCAGUCCAGGCUGCUCCUGUCAAACAAGUAAAGGUGGAAAACGGUGGUGGCGAUGAUGAUGAUGACGACGACAUUGACCUGUUUGGCAGUGAUGAAGAAGAUGAGGAGGCAGAGCGUCUCAAGCAGGAGCGCUUAGAAGCCUAUGCUGCCAAGAAGGCUAAGAAACCCACCCUGAUUGCCAAGUCAUCAAUCCUGUUGGACGUCAAGCCUUGGGAUGAUGAAACAGAUAUGGCAAAGCUGGAGGAGUGUGUGCGUUCGGUGCAGAUGGACGGGCUUCUGUGGGGAGCAUCUAAACUUGUGCCAGUGGGUUACGGCAUCAAGAAGCUACAGAUCAACUGUGUGGUCGAGGACGACAAAGUUGGCACUGACAUCCUGGAGGAGGAGAUCACCAAGUUUGAGGACUUUGUCCAGAGUGUAGAUGUUGCUGCCUUCAAUAAGAUCUAAGCGCCUCCAGCUCUGUACCUGCUCCAUUAAAGUGUUGCUGCUGCUCCCGGCUUGCACGGUUAUUAAAAAGCGAAGCUUUGAGCACAAA